AUGUCUGCAGGGGAUUCCAUACCGACUCCGGCUGUUGCCUCUGCCAGCGUUGAGAUCCGGCAACGCAUCAUGGCCUUGCGGAAGGCCAAGAUGGAGGCGCUCCAGGCCGAACCGUCGAGCACAGGGCCUCCAUCGCUGCAGGUGCCGGAAGCCGGCGAGGAUCGCUUCUCCUGGGUCGGAGUGGACGAUGGCGAAGAGGUCGUCGGCUGCUCGACGAAUGACAGGGCGAGUGAUGGUGACGACGACAACGACAGCACGGUCCUCGGCCACCUUUCAGCCUUUCCACCAGCCCCGAGCCUCCGCCCCCCUCCCCUUCCACCAAAAGCCUUGCCUUCUUGUCCCGGAUCCGUAAGGGACUCGACGGCCUCCCACCAGACGAUCAGCUCGAUUGCAUCGACUUCUUUUGGGAGCGCCUCGCAGGACGAAGAGGAAGACUCGCAGAGCGCGCACACGCUCACCACCGUCGACGAGAGCUCCGAUCACGCAUCGAGAAAAGGUUCGCGCCGGGAGAGCCAGGCGAAGAGACGCUCCGCCACCCGCCAGGCUCGGCCGAGCACCUCGUCCUCCGUGCGAUCUACCGCCUCGGCCACGGCCAAGCCACUAGGGCCGCCGCCAGACCUGCCGCUCCCACCCAAGCCACAGAAUUCGCCGGCUGCCAGCCUCAAGAGUCCUGCCCUCGGCUGGUCAAGUCGCCCCCAAGCGAGCGCGAGGUCGAUGGGAAAGCGCAGCUCCAAGUCGUCGUUCCGCAGCACCGAUCGCUCGACGCGGUCAUCGAGCCGACUGUCUGGCGACGAACUGAGCGAGCUGUCCGCCGACGAGAUCUCGAGCAUCCGCAGGAUCUCGUCCUACUUUCCAACUCCGGCGAGCCCUCUGCCAGCAAAUGCGAGCCAACCCGGCACUCCUGGCGCCCAUGCGGUGCGGCACUCUGCCAAGACAGAGCGUCAAGGCCGGACAGGUUCAGGUUCGAGGUCGGAAGACAGACGCACCUCGCCCUUCUGGUCGCCGCGCUCUUCGACCUCUUUGCGCAGCCCGAGCGCUUCAGCCACGGCCGAUGCGUUCCCCACGAGCCAGCACGAGGCUCGCUCGGUCAAGGGCGGCCCGAGGAUCAUGGUGCAGGAAGAAGACGAGGAGGAGGACCAAGAGAGGCUUCCGGAUUCGCUUGGUGGCAGCAGGGACGACGGCAACCACGGCGACGCCGACAACGAUGGCGAGGACGAUGUCAGCGACAGCGACCUGUCCGAAGUGCUCCACAUUACUGCCCGAGAGGGCAUUCUUGCCGUGGCGCAGCGGGCCAGUCCAGUCUCUGCGGGACAGAUCGCUCGCAUCGGGUUGGGUCUGGGGUCGUCCAGCCGCAGCCCUUCGCGCUCGCUCAGCGGCUCGUCCUCGCCCGUCGCGGUCGCCACGCCCGCGGCCGCUGCCACUGCCGAGGCUUUGGACUCGCAAUUCCGGGCAUCGUCAGAAGCAGAGAACGCCCAGGAGAGGAGGCGCAACAGCCAGAUGCACAAGAACCUCAACGGCCUCGUGCAAGCUCUGGACCAAGAGGCUGCGAGGUGGUCGCUCGAUUCCCCAGAUGCUUCGCCGCGAGACUCUAUCCCGUCUGCACAGCCUUCAGCUCCGUCGUCGGAGCGCGUUCCUCGGACAACAAUCGCAUUGCAGGAGGCCCUCUCUCGACCCGCCUCCGCAGAACCUGCUGCAACAGCAAUCGCGCCGUUGCAGUCCUCGGCCUCGUUGCCCAACGUCUUGUUGCAGGCGCCAGUGCAGCUGGCACCUUCGACGGGGGCACCGGUUGGCGGAAGCGAUGUUGCCGUGUCGCAGCCUGCUCGGCCGAGCGGCAUGACGGCCUCGAUCAGCGCCCCGACGGUGCGGAUCCAGGAUACAGAGGGGAUGGACGGGUCAGCGUCCGACGUCGACUUUACCACCGACGACGACUACGACGACGACGGCGUCCCCCGCAAGCGCACCAAGCAGGCGCGACAUCGGCGACGAGGUUUCGGCUUCGAGGACCAGCGGGCUACCCUCAGUCGAGGCAACAGCUCCCGCUCGCUGCAACCUGGUCAGGUCUUUCGCCCCAACGCAGCAUGGCCCGCGCCAUCCUCCUCGGCCAAGGACAAGGCAUCUACGGAUCCCUACGCCUUCUACGAGUUCUCGCCCAGCUUGCCUCCCUUUGUGCCGGCAGGUCUGCAGCCAAGGGACCUUACGGGCACCGGCACCUGGUCGAGCAUCGUGGCCCGGGCCAACAGCACCCUGUCGCGGCACACCUCGGUCCGGACCAUGGCCUCUACCUCCACCACCGCCAGCCUCGGGCCCGUGUCGCUCAAGGAAGUGGCGGCGGGCGCGCGAGCAAAGAUGGAACAGGCCGAGGCGGCCCGAAAGGCCAGAGAGUCGCAAUCGGAGCUGUUUGCGAAGCUGAGCUACCGUCCCUUUGAGAUCCACCACCACGCCGAGACCGAGGCCAAGGCCAUGGAACACGAGAGCACCGUGAUGGGGGAGUCGUCUGGUCGCAGCACGGCGAUGAGCAGGUUCAGCAACUCUUCGACCAUGGGAGAGCUCGCCACCCGAUGGCCCGUGGCCAUUGGCGAGGGCGAUCAGGAUCUCGUCGGCGGUGACGUCGGUUCCGACGUGGCCACCGCGCGCUCCUCUCUGCUGGGUCUGGGAAUCAAGUCGCUCGCUGGCAGCUCGUCGGGGGCAGUCACGCCUCCAGCCAAGGUCUACGCCGAGGUCUGCAUGCAGACGUCGCCGGCAUCUACGCCGCCGCCGUCCCCCAAGACGCAGGCCCUCUUGACGCUCACGGGAGCCAGCACUCUGGAUCCCGAGCAGACUCCGAGGGCAGAGAAGCCGCGUCGACGAGUGCCGGCUCGAAGGAGAACGAUGGCGGCCAUGUCGCAGGCCUACGGCAUCGACCUCGACAUGCCCGGAUUCAAGCCCACCCGCAUGCGCGCUCCUCGCCUGUCUGGCCGGAAGAGCGAUGUGGGCGUCCAGAGGCUUCGCUCGAGCGUGUCGUCCAACCGCGCUGCCACCGUCAUCUCUGACGCGACCGACAAGGAGAUCCUGGCGACGAGCAGCAGCAGCGGAGAAGAGUCCGACCUCGACAUCGGUGCGCAGCUCGAGGAGCUGGCGGACCGGACCGGCGUGCUCGAUGACAUCCGCGGCGCCAAGCGGAAGCUGAGGCGAUCCAAGGCGCCCGCCGCGCCUUCGUCGAGCGACUCCUCCUCCCUAAGCGAAAGAGCCAUAGCCACGAUCCCUGUGCGUGCGCGCAGUCCAGUUGGCGGCAAGUCUGCCGCUCGAGUUCACUCGGCGCGCCGCCGAGUGGACAGCGGCACGGGAUGGACCAGCUCCGAGGACGAGAGCGAUGACGAGGUCCCAUCUUCCUCGCAGAACAGCCAGUUUCUCACGCCUCAGCCGCCCAGAGGGUCUGGCAACUUCCAGCUUCGGCCGCUGCUGCUGCCUCGAUCGGUGCCCGCAAAGACCGACAAGCGGCGAAUCGCGCCGCUGCGAGGAGGACCGAGGAGCUCAGGUCGAUCGAUAUCUGGCUUUGGGCGUGCUCCAAAUGCAGGCUCAACUCGGGCUGACAGUCCGGACCUGAGCUUUCAGAGCUUGGCAGGUGAUGACGAGGACGAGGACAACUCGCUGCUUUCGGCGAAGCUCGACGAAGGCGGCAACACCUCGAUUCACCUGCUCGACGACGACGAUGAUAGUGUCUCCAAGCAGGCGCCGACGAUGGCAGCCGGCAACGCGGUCAGCGCUGAUUCCCACCUGCUUGCGGUUGCGCCUCCGAAGGCGCCGACCCCGACCGAUGACAACGUCUCGGCAGAGUCCAACGAAGCCGUCGAGAUCCUUAAGGAGGCCGAGGAGGUCCUCUCGUCGGUCGGCCACAGCCAGCCCGCCGCCAGCUCCUCUGGCCAUGGCUCGAUCAGCGACUCGUGCGGCACGAGCGGACACGACCCGCAGCGUCGGCCGAACGAGGUGCUGGCCGAGAUUGUGCGGCAGAGGCUGGCGUUGAGGCUCGAGACGGCCCUGUCCGGCUCUCCGUCCACGUUGAUGCCCGUCCCGGCUCCCUCGAUCCGCCCCUACAAUUUGGGCGAGGGAGAGAUCACGACGGGCAUCGACGAUCCGAGCGAAACCGCAGCGAUCGAGUCAUCGCCGCUGGUGCAAGACACGCCCGAUACCAUGGCCGGUUCCGAUGCCUGGUCGACGUUCCGGACAAACGACCGCGACAGCUCCGUGUCGACCGCGACUUCGUGGUCCGGCGGCAGCUUUGUCGAGAAGCCAGAGGCACCGCAGGAGCAGGCAGAGGCCAUCGUGGAGGCCGCUGCUGACCCUCGGGCGCCUACGGGGAGCGAGACAGCAAGUGCCGACGUUGCUGCCAAGAUUCACGACGCUGUCGCUUCGCCUUUGGCCCAGCCCUCUCCUGCCAAGCCAGCGCAACCAGCCGCGCGGCCUUCGAGCUUACCUCGCACGCUGCAUCGCAAGGCCAGCGCCCUGCCGAUGCCCAGCAGCAACCGGAGGUCGGCAUCGGAGACAGUCGGAUCGCAGCCACUGCGGCCUCGAUCCAACGAGGUCGGUACGCCGGUCUCGGCGGCGUCGCUCAAGGAUCUCUACGCCACCAAGAAGGCGCAGCGACCAUCCCUUCCGCCCCCGGUGGCCUAUGCCCGCCAUGCGCAGGCGGUCGCAUCCCCCAAGCUCGGCGGCGGCGGCGGCGGCGGCGGCGGCGGUGGCAGCAACAGCAGCGGCAGCAACUCUGCCUCGCCCGCAGACGGAGCCUCGAGGCUGAGGAAGAUGAAGAGCUUCGGCGACCGAAGCUCGAACUCUUUCGUGCCGCCGCCAACUUCGACUCUGCCACGGUCGAUUGCGCCGCGCCGACCCAAGGUGCCGGCCUCGUUGGACUCGUCGAUCAGCAGGAACGCCGCUGGACUGUCGAUUCCAUCGCCAGCGCCGUCGACGCCGAGCAAGCUGGCGCCCGCCGCUGCCGCUGCCGCCGCCACCGCCACCGCCACUCCUCUUCGCCCGAGUGGCAUCCCGGCGCCCCGACCUUCGCUCAAGCACCAUGCCAGCCUGAGCAACAUGUCUCGAUUGCCGACUCCUUCGACGCCCGGAAGGUCUUUGGCGUCUCCUCGAGUGUCUGGCCUUCCGCUGCCCAGCACCCCGAGCGGCAUCCGCCAGAAGCGGCAGUGA